GCGUGCAUUUUGUAAUGGCCACCAUUACCCGAAGGUUAUUUUACAUUGCUACUGUUUUUUUUUCUUUUUAAUGGAACUAAAUAAAUCUGUGUGUGAGGAUCUGGUGGCUAAUGGUUCGCAUCAAAAUAGCUCCGUUCUGAACACUGGAAAAAUCCUAUUAACGAAUCUUCACGGUUUUGUGUUGUAGGCGUAGCUUAGGGUAUAACGUUGCCUUGACUGUCGCUGGAUUUGCAACGUUUGGAUGACGCUUCACUGAAUGUAAAUACGUAGUAUGGCUGCUUUAAAUGCAGUUGUUUGUGGUGUGGUAUCAGUUUAGUAAGCUGUAGCUUUGAAAGCUCGUUUCCUGUAUGCGGGAUCUUCGUUUUUCGUAAAACUGUGAAGGAAACUGAAAAAAGUCAUUUACGUUUAGGAGGAACGUCUGACUGGUGCUCGGGAACAACAUAUUUAAUCUCUUGUAUCUGCCGGAGAGUGAAUAGCCAGCAUGAAAACCAGAUCUAGUAGCAGAGGCAGAGGGGAAAGCUGUUCACUCAAGAGUACGAAUGAAUCAAGAGGAUGUGCAUCAGACAUCAGUCAAAGUGCACAGCAUGAUAAUACAAAUUCUAACAGAAGUUUUUUAGAAUUGACCAAAAACAGCAGGAAAAGAAGGCAUUCUGAUGUUACAUGUAGCAGUAAGAAGGCAGCGACUAACUACCAGGAAGAAUCCGAACAUGACCAGCUUGCAAAUGUUCUAAAUAAAACAGUGUCAGUGGUGCUAGAGCCAUUUGAUGUGGAGAAGCGUAUACAGGCUAAAGUUGCAAAUCGCAAUAAAAAGAAAUGCGUCAGUAAUUACUCUGUCAGAGAUGUCAAAAUAACUACUAAGAGUUCAAAUGGUUGCAGCACAGAAAAUCAAGAGAGCUCGACAACAGGAAGCAUGGACUCUCGAAGCAGUGAAAGAUGUUUGCAGAAAUCUACUCAUCAUGACGGCAAAGAACUACAUAAUAGUGAUCAGAAGAAUGUAGCAUCGCUCAGCUUGAGUCAUGAUGAUGACCAGGGGUUGUUGGAGAGUUCGACCCAUCAGAGCAGAAGACAGUUGUGGGAUGCUUCCCACAAAAUGAGUUCAGAAUUUCGCCGAGAACGCCGUAAAAUAUAUAAGAAGCCAGUUUGUACAUGUUGUGUAGGAAAAGAUAACAACAGUGGAAAUGAAAUAAGAGUUGCAAGUGAUGGCUUGAAGGCAAAACAUAACAAACAUAUGGAGAAGAGCAUCAGAAAUAGUGAUGUAAAUAGAGCAGCCAGUCGUACCCAAAAAAGAAAAACUGUUGUGGGUGCUUCUCACAGCAAAGUAAAAGAUGCUGAUUAUCAGUAUGGAGGCAGACCACUAACUACAGAGCACAGCAGUACAAGCUCUGAAACUAUCACAACUCUCAAGAUGACGAGUGAAGUAUUUAAAGAUGGCCAGUCAUCCAGAAACAGAGAGAUUAUUAACAGCCACAGUAGUAGGAGGUCAGUCACACCAACUUCAUGUUCUGUAGCCACAGCACCUUUGCAGAUGAGAGACAGUGCAGCUUCACAACCUGCACAUGCACUUACACAUUCAGAAAUGCACCCAAACUUGCGUCGACGGUCAGCAUCAGCGCCUCCUCAGUUACAGUUGGGUGACACUUUUCGAAAAACUGUUGAUUUGUUUGCACGUUUACUUCAGGAUGUGGCAGCACAUCUGCAGAAAUGUGCUAAUAGAGUUGGUGGUACAUUAAGUGACCAUAAUUUUGAGCAUAUGGUAGCUGGCGUUUCUCACUUGGUGUCCAGCUGCACAUGCCAUUCACCUAUUGGGUGUUUACUAUAUAGCAUUAAUAUUAUGAAUGCAUUAAAAAGUAGACUGUCUGCAGAAUUAAAUGUGGUUUCACUAUCCAAUGGUGAUGCAGUACAGCCAGCAGCAGCAGGCACGCAAUCAAAUGGGAAUUUAAUGGGAAGAUUCCAUCUAGAAGCAAGCAUAAAAGAGAAGACCAAUACAGAAGCCAGUGUAGAAGGAGGUAGUAUAUCUGAGUCUGCACCUCAGUGUGAUGCCACAACAUUAACAACGAAAUCCAGAAACAUAUUGUCGCCUGCUGAGACCUGCAUAAGCACAUCACACAGCACUUCUCUCACUGAAGAGACAAACGACACACCAUCACCAGUAGGUAGCACUGAUAAUGCACAUAUUGAAGCAAGUAUCAGAGAAACAGCCCAACUGGAAGCAAACACAAAAGAGAGUACCAGCACAAUAACAUGUAUAACAGAAGACAAUGUCUCAAAGUCAGCAUCAGAAUAUGGUGCAACGUCGUCAUCAGUUGAGCCCAUAAUCAUGGUGUCAGCUGCUGGGACAUUUGUUAGUACUAGUUCUUCACCCACUGGAGGCGCAAAAGAAAUCCUGGACCUACAUGAAGUGGAUACUGUAGUUUCUGAUCAGAAUAAUGUAAAUGAUGGAGUGGAUGAUAGAACAGGGUGUUCCAGCUCCAAGAGUAAUUUAAUGUGUGGGAGUGCAGAACGAGAACAAGAUGGUGAACAGAAUACUUUUGACUCCGUCUGUCUCUCUAUGGAAGAGAUUGAAAUAAAGGAAGAAGUUGAAACCUCAGAAAGUGACAGUGAAUCAGAGUUGUCUGAAAAACAGUACUCGCAAAAUGGGACAGAAUCUGAUGCUGCUGGAUUUGGUCCUGAAGGGGAUGAGACAGAUAGAUAUGAAAAUAUGGUUGAGGUUGAGUGUAACAUUGAUGAGGUCUCAGAUCUAAUUAACCACACAGGAAGUGUAUCACAUAAGGAAGAUCUGGGAUUAGAGGCACAGUAUGAACAUUACAACGACAGCACUGGGAAUGUCAUUGCUGAGGAUGCUGCUAGUAAUGCAGCCAGUAUUGGUCCUGUUGUUGACUGUAGAGAUGACACUCAUGGAGUCAACAAUACUGCAUGCAAUGGAAAUCAGGACAUUGAUGGUGACAUGGGUUACGGUGGCAACAGAAAUGAAGAUGGUGUUGGGGACAACACUGCUGAAUCUACUCAAGACCACAGUAAUGAAGACAAUGGGGAUGCUGGUGCCACCAAGGAGGGUGAUAACAGAAAUGGAGAAAACGUUGGAGAUGCCAAAAAGAAUACUGGUGCUCGGAGUAAUGGUUAUGCAUGGCUCUUUGAAGGGCAGCAUUCUGGUCCAGGCUUUGCAGGGCCUGACUACCGCCUAUAUCGGGACCCAGACAUCAUCCAUGUCCAAGCUUUGAUAUGCACUGUACGACUAAUAAGAUAUCGUGGACAUGAGGAGACGAAUGUAGUUUAUGACGUAAGAACUUAUGAGGAUGGUGUCUGGCAUGUGCAGCGUAUACCAUCAUUUUAAAUGUACUUACUUUUUGUGAACAUUCUCUUGAAGCAGAAAAAGAUGUUUGCAGAAAUCCUCUCAUCAUAACAGCAAAGAACUACGUCAUAGUGUUCAGAAGAAUAUAGCAUCCCUCAGCUUGAGUCAUGAUGGUGACCAGGGGUUGUUGAAGAGUUCAACACAUCAGAGCAGAAGACAGUUGUGGGAUGCUUCCCACAAAAUGAGUUCAUAAAUUUGAGGAGACUGCCGUGAAAUAUAUAAGAAGCCAGUUUGUGUAUGUUGUGCAGAAAAAGAUAACAUUGUAAAUGGACAUAAAGAAUUCUGUGACAGUUUCAAGUGGACAGUCUGUGUUUCUAAGGCAGUCUGUGAAUAACCUAAUACAUUCCCCUCUCUGACCUUUAACCCAUGUCACAUAAUAAUUAUCUAGCUGUGAAAAGGAGUAGUGGAUCAUGAUGUGCAAAACAUAAAUCUGCUAUGCUAACAGUGUGAGAAAAUACUGUAUUCUUUCUAAUGCAAUUAAAAAAUUUCUAUAAAUUAAAACAUUAUGACAACAAAUAAUACAUUAUAGUGAAUUUGAAGAUGUAUGUAUUGUACUGACACAUGAACAUUGCUACUAACAUUGAUUCUGAAUAUUUGUAUGCCUUAUUUGAAUAUAUCAGUACUUGAUACCUAUUACAACCUACAAAAUUAUUGCAUACAUUUAACUUAAAUAAAAUCUUUACAAUUUUUUUAGAAAUGAAAUUAUAGUAAAAGCUUUGACUUUCACAAAGGUUCUAGAAAUUUAAAAUGUAGACAGGAGGCUGAAAUACAACACAGGAUAAAUAGUGGAUGGAUGAACUGGAGGAAACUGAGUGGAGUACUA